AUGGAACUUGAAAGAACAAAAACCAAGAAAUAUACUUUCAAGAGUUUAGAGGUGGAAGAAUUGAGAAUGUUAGGGUCUUUGAUUAUUGAUCACGACAAGUUCUGUAGCUACAUCAUUGGGUUGCCUAUUACUGAAAGGACUCCCUUCACUGGUUUAGAAAAGGAUCCCAAGUCUCAUGAGAUUGCAAAGUUUACUCACUUGAGGAAGGAUGAAAUUGAGAAGAACAUGGUUACUAAAGGAGGAUUACCUUGGUUGCUUGCUGACUUCUUGAUUGAGAAAGCCCUCACCUUGUCACAAGAAAGGAAAGAAGGUGACUUUGAGGUUGUGUUUUCUUUAUUGGUCUAUGGAUUGUUCCUGUUUCCAAAUAUUGACAACUUUGUUGAUAUGAAUGCUAUUAAGAUCUUUAUGAAAGGAAAACCUGUUCCUACCCUGCUUGGGGACACUUACUAUUCCAUUCAUCUAAGAAAUUCCUAUGGAAAGGGAAUGGUUACUUGUUGUACUCCUAUUCUAUACAAGUGGUACAUCUCUCAUCUGCUUGACACCCUCGAGUUCUGGAGUCACAAAGAAGGACCAAGAUGGUCCUACAAGAUCAUGACUCUCACCAACACUAAUAUUGUUUGGACUAACAAUCACUUUUGCAGGAUGAAGACUUUGGAUUGCUGUGGUGAUUUCCCUAAUGUUACCCUCAUUGGUACAAAAGGAGGAAUUAGCUAUAGCCCCGUUUUAACUCGUCGUCACUUUGGGGUUCCUAUGGACAAAAAGCCAAGGAAUAUUCUAUUGGAUGGGUUCUUUCUUGAAGAAAAGGUUGAAAAUAAAGAGCUUAGAGAAAGGAUUGCUAAUGCUUGGCAUUCAAGCCAUAGGAAGGAAAUUAAAGAUUGGAAAACAAAAGGAGAUCUCUCACUUGAGCCCUUUGAUAGCUAG